AUGUUUGCACUGUCGGCUGCUCCCAAAAGAAAGUACCAAGAAGCAGACAUCUCGGAUGAGGACGACGAGCCCUCCCUUGGAAGACAAGUGUUGCCCGUUGCGAACCUCCCGGCCAACUUCAAUGGUGUACCUGAGGAUGGGCUGCAGUACUUGUUCACAGUUCGACGUGACGCGCGCAUGCGUCCACACAUAACGAGAGUAGCAAACCCCUACGAGAUCAAGGAAGAACAAAGAGAACCUAGUGUUGACGCCAUGGACCCGGACCACCCUCUGUUACCGUCCGAGGAAUGGCGAGAUGUCUUUAUAAGGCGAUUCAAGAACUUCCGCAAGAACUCUAUGCAGCCCACAGUGGGCGCCCGUGCACCUAGCUCUUCACGUAAGCUUCUGCCGGACAUGCGAGAGAGAGACCUGUGGUGGGCCUUCCUGACGGGCCAGCCCGCAUCUGUAUGGGACCCGCCCAAGAAGCCAAAGCAGCCCAAGAACAACAGGAAUUGGAAAGGCCGCUCUCAAGGUUACAGCGUGGACACGCUCGCCUAUUCUGAUGACGCAGAGUCUUCGCAACAUCUCAGCUACUCUCUCGAGGACGGACGCGUCUUUUCCACGUCGAGCAGCGAGAUGUGGAGGGUCACGACCGACGGCGUCGAACUCACUAGUGCUCUCAACGCUACGGCAUCACUCCCCACUCCCUCUGGCACGCCCGCACCACCGGAUCGCCUGGAAGAGUCUUCUGGCAGUAACGCCUUCGCAAGUAGCUCCUCGUUAAACGCUCUCCAUCCACCGGAGCCAACUCCAACCCUGAUGCACCGAAUAGACCACCGGUACGCGUUACAUCUAUUGAUGUACUUUACCCAUUGGAUCAAUCUGCGUCUCGAGCGAGAUGCGGCACCCUCGCCGCACCUCGUAACGGAGGCGCACUCUCGCUGGAUGUUCACGCUCCUCUCCCGUGUGGAGGACUACGUCUCGGCAGACGAGACAAGCCUGUUGCGGAGUCUCGCGCGCGCAUGCAUAUCCCUCAUAGAGGAAACGAGACGAGAGAUCGCCGGCUCUUCAGGGGACACGUCUCCUGUUGAAUCGUCACCUCUGGAACCAACUUGCUGGAUGAUCAUAACCGCUGUGGUCAGCAUUUGGGGCCAGAAAGACUUGUGGAUGGACGCGGAGGCGAUGUUGCGAAGACUGUCGGCAUGA